GCCGCUUCCCCGCGCCGCGGGCUCUGCCGCUUGCGGUUUCUAAGCUUAGAAAGCGAUGACAAAUCUCCCCUCUCCCCUCCUGGGCGAGCGCUGCUGGGAGGGGGAAAAAAAAAUAACACGUGGGAAGUUACGGCGGAGCAAACUUCAGCUGCGAAGAAUAAAGCUCGCUAAAGGCUGCUGCGCUUUGUGUGCCGGGGUGGCAGAGCUUUGCCGGAGUUAGCUACCGGCUGCCGGCUCAAAUGCAGCGCUGAGGACUUCUUGUAAACUGCCUCUGUCCUGCCGUCUCUUUCUUUGCCUUAGAUACUGCAUCAACAGUUAGCAGGAGUGGCCAGAGAGGGAGGACCUGCGUUAGCUCCAGUGCCGCAGACCUCAGACACAUAGUUCCAUUGACUGCUGUGAUGUUUAAGUCAUCUUCAAAUACUUCACUGGAGUUGGGGCUAAUAAAGAGAUAAGAGCUGAAUGGCCUUAAAAUGGCAGAUGAGCCCAUGGAAGAAGGUGAACCAUAUUCCUACCAUGAUGAGGGAAGUGUGAAAGAAAUUCCUAUUACCCAUCAUGUGAAAGAAGGAUGUGAGAAAGCAGAUCCAGCACAGUUUGAACUACUUAAGGUUCUUGGUCAGGGAUCAUUUGGAAAGGUCUUCCUUGUAAGGAAAAUAAUUGGUCCUGAUGCUGGGCAACUUUAUGCAAUGAAAGUUUUGAAAAAAGCUUCUUUAAAAGUUCGAGAUAGAGUUCGUACAAAAAUGGAGAGAGAUAUAUUAGUAGAAGUAAAUCAUCCCUUUAUCGUCAAACUGCACUAUGCCUUUCAGACUGAAGGGAAGCUAUAUUUAAUAUUGGAUUUUCUCAGGGGAGGAGAUGUAUUCACACGAUUAUCCAAAGAGGUUAUGUUUACAGAGGAAGAUGUGAAAUUCUACCUCGCAGAACUGGCCCUUGCUUUGGAUCAUCUUCACAGCUUGGGAAUUGUAUACAGGGACCUGAAGCCAGAAAACAUUUUGCUUGAUGAAGCAGGACAUAUCAAGUUAACAGACUUUGGACUCAGCAAAGAAUCGGUAGAUCAAGAGAAGAAGGCCUAUUCUUUCUGUGGUACGGUAGAAUACAUGGCACCUGAAGUAGUAAACAGGCGAGGCCACAACCAGAGUGCCGAUUGGUGGUCCUUUGGUGUGCUCAUGUUUGAAAUGCUUACUGGUACACUACCAUUUCAAGGUAAAGAUCGAAAUGAAACUAUGAAUAUGAUACUAAAAGCAAAACUUGGAAUGCCUCAGUUCCUUAGCCCUGAGGCACAAAGUCUUCUGAGGAUGUUGUUUAAAAGGAACCCAUCAAAUAGAUUAGGAGCUGGUUCAGAUGGAGUUGAAGAAAUCAAGAGACAUCCUUUUUUUUCUACUGUUGACUGGAAUAAACUAUUCAGAAGAGAAAUUCAACCUCCAUUUAAACCUGCUUCUGGAAAACCAGAAGAUACUUUUUGUUUCGAUCCAGAAUUCACAGCAAAAACACCAAAAGAUUCUCCAGGAGUCCCACCCAGUGCAAAUGCACAUCAGCUCUUCAAAGGAUUUAGUUUUGUUGCAACUACUACUGUAGAAGAUCAUAAAAUCUCACCACUCACCAAUAUACUGCCAAUAGUACAGCAGCUUCAUGGAAGCAGUGCACAGUUUACUGAUGUGUAUGAACUGAAGGAAGAUAUUGGUGUUGGUUCCUACUCUGUUUGCAAGCGAUGUAUACACAUAGCUACAAAUAUGGAGUUCGCUGUAAAGAUAAUUGAUAAAAGUAAGAGGGAUCCCUCAGAAGAAAUAGAGAUUUUGAUGCGUUAUGGACAACAUCCAAAUAUUAUUACUUUAAAAGAUGUGUAUGAUGAUGGUAGAUUCAUAUACCUUGUCACGGAAUUGAUGAAAGGAGGAGAGCUGCUCGAUCGAAUUCUCAGGCAGAAGUUUUUCUCAGAACGAGAAGCUAGUGCUGUGUUAUAUACUAUAACUAAGACUGUGGACUAUCUGCACUGCCAAGGAGUAGUGCAUCGGGACCUUAAACCUAGUAAUAUUUUAUAUACGGAUGAUUCAAAUAAUGCUGAUUCUAUCAGGAUUUGCGAUUUUGGAUUUGCAAAACAACUUCGAGGAGAAAAUGGACUACUUCUGACUCCUUGCUACACUGCAAACUUUGUGGCACCAGAGGUUCUCAUGCGACAAGGAUAUGAUGCUGCUUGUGACAUAUGGAGCUUGGGUGUUCUUCUUUACACAAUGUUGGCAGGCUAUACUCCGUUUGCCAAUGGUCCUAAUGAUACUCCUGAGGAGAUACUGGUACGGAUAGGCAGUGGAAAAUUCUCUUUAAGUGGAGGCAACUGGGAUACUGUUUCAGAUGCAGCAAAGGACUUGUUAUCCCAUAUGCUUCAUGUAGAUCCCCAUCAGAGGUAUACAGCAGAGCAAGUAUUAAAACAUUCAUGGAUAGCCUGUAGGGAUCAGUUGCCGCAUUAUCAGCUAAACAGGCAAGAUGCACCACAUCUAGUAAAGGGAGCCAUGGCUGCCACAUAUUCUGCACUGAAUCACAAGACAUUUCAGCCAGUGUUAGAGCCUGUUGCAGCCUCAAGUUUAGCUCAGCGACGGAGCAUGAAAAAGCUAACAUCAACAGACUUAUAGAUCCACUGGGACACCUUAGCAAACAGAAGCGAGGGAAAAAUCCAAUAAGUGGCUCUAUUUUGCCUGACCUGUGAUCAAAAGGCACCUAUGGUUUCCUGCUACACUACUUGAAUUCUGUAAAAGUCCUUUUUUUAAAAAGAAAAAAAUCCACAGGUUCAUAUUGUGUUGUUUUACAGGCUGUAUCUGUUAAAUUAAUUUAACCAUCAGGUACACCAUAAUGAAUUUCUCUACACUGUCCUUGGAGAUCUGUUGCAAAUAUUAUUUUUCAUUCUGUAUAGUUCUGCUGGGUUCAUAAAAAAAAAAAAGGUUUAGGGGACCGUUGCCAAUGACCAAGUUGUACAUAAAAAAGUGUCGGUGUAAGGUUUUUUCUUUCUACCUUUAGACCCUACUGUGAUAGACAAGUUCUUUAUUUUGUAAUUGGGCACUUAAUUCAUUCGACUUAAUAGCAAUGAACCAGGUAAAUGAAUUAUGAAAAGCUGACCAAUGUGGUGUGCCAGUGUUAAAUGCAUUAGUGCUAAUUUGGGAGGUCUGUGUUUGCAUGGUGCCAAUAACUGAUAAGUUUAUGUGAAAAUAUAAACAAAAAGGAUGUGUAAUUUUUUGCACUUUAACCUAUAAACUUAAUUUAAUCACUUAUGACCCAGAGGAAAUACUGGUUAACAAAUGGUCUCAUAUAAGAAAAUACACAUUUCUAGCAGUUAUCAUGAAUGGUACUGUGUUCUGCACUGAGCUGGAAAAAGGUGUGUGUGUGUGUGUAAAUUGUCAAAAUUAAGGAUCUAAAUAAUAUUGAUACCACUUCAAGACAACAGUGCAACUCAGUAUGUUUUGUUAAUUAUAUUGCCUGUCCAUUUGUACAAUGACCCUGUUACUGCUACCUUGGCAGUCAUUUCUACUGACUAUAUCCAAUAUUAAUUUUGGUCGGCAUGUGAGGCAAACUGACACUUUAUUAUAGCAAACUUGGCACAUGGAUUUUAUUUUUUAUUUAUUUGAUUUUUAUAGAACACUGCUUCUAUCAGAAUCUCUAGCGGCAUGUACAAAUGUUACAGAACAUAAAUGCAAAAUCCUAUUUGCCUAACUGUAGGGGUAGCUUGGGAAAAUAAAUAAGACUUGCAGUAUGCCCAGUUAAGGGAAUUCUGACCAGAGAGAUUUCACAGUUCUGGGCAAGUUGAUGAAAAUAUCCUGUUACCAGCACAUACACACUCUCUCUCUCUCUCUCUCUGGUGUGUUAGGGCUUUAGCUGUUUCUAAAGGCUGUGUUAGAGAAAGCGAAUCUCAGGGCCAGAAUCAUCUUGGGGUUUUCUGACUCAAAACCAGUGGUGACUUGCAUCUGCUAGACUGGAAACUAGUACAUUCAGAGAUAGUGAGCUUAAAAUAAAACAUUUUCACAAGUUUUAGACAUUACUGUACAAGUGUACUGGUAUAGUAGGAUGAUGCACAUUUAAAAUAUUAGGUAAGUAUAUUAGUGACCAACAGUUAGAUUGUGAACAGUUAGAGAAUCCAAGUGACCAAAAAUCAAAUGUAGUUCAGAUUGAUUUGCUGUCAUUGAAUUUCUGUCCUAAAUCCCUUUUGUAGCCAAUUAUAAAAAAAUCUGUGAUGCUAUAACUUUGCAUUUUAAGACAGGAAAAAAAAUAAAGCUUUCAGGAGAAUUCUGGCCUAACUACCAAGAGCAGCAACACAUUCGGAUCUUAAAAUGCAGAGGAUGCUGGCUGGCUUUGCUUAUACUUGUGAAGUACUUGAUGGCAUUGGAAGUACUAUUAGAUGAGCUGCUUUCUUUUAUUGUGGUGAGGGAAGAUGGAAAUUAUCUGGCCAAAUAGUUAGGUAUGGAUAUAUAUAGAUUUGAGACUUAACAUAGCAAAAAUAGGUGUGCUAUUUGUAUCAUGCAGAACAUACCCCAUACUAAAUUUCCUGAGUGUUCAAUAGGUGUUGGAAGCUUUAGGGGCCAUUUUGUGCCUAAUUUUGAGGUGCCUGUUUGAAAUGCUUGAAAGUUUGAACACAGCUGCUACACAGCUUAUUGUUCAAUAUGAAAUCUGCCUCUUCCAUAGUUGACUCAUCCUUCUGCUCAUCACUAGAGACCUUUGUGUGCAAGAACGUGUGUAAACCUCUUAUCGGUGGCCUGUCGUAAUAAUUUUAUUUGUAAGUUUGGAAAUGCCAAAAGAAUUUGAAUUCUCCCCCCUCCAAAAAAAAAAAAAAGAAAAGAAAAAAAAAGUUGAAAUGUUGGAAAUAGAGCCCUUGGUCAAUGCAUGAUGCAGGUUGAAACAUUAGAAAAAAUUGGAUCGGGGCUAUAGGUGAUGCAAGGAGUAGAACACAACAUCUUAGUGAAUGAAACUUGAGUAGUCUUCAGCUUUCCCAUAAAGUAACAGCUGGUCUUUAAUGGCUUUAUUUGUGAAUCAUUUAAAUGUUUCCAUUGGUAUUUUCUUUUAGCUUGCUCAGAGGCACCGUGUUAUGAGCACCUUAGAAGCAUUUUGCACAAAAGCACUUGUAAGCAUCUCAAGAUACUUAAGUUCUUCUCGGUGUGCAAAACAGAGAGGUGGUAAGAGGAAAAAUGCACAAACAGGAUUGUUAGCACAGAAUUCAAAACAUCUUCUGUAGUUAUCCCUGUUCUUUUAUAUCAUUACUAGUCUCUGAGUGGUACUCCUGGAACAAAAUUAAGGUUUUGGUGACUGCAACAUUAUGAGGUUUUGUCUUAUCCCAAGGAAAACAUAUGGUCAAACAUCUUUGUUUUGUGUGAAAAGACCAGUGUACCUGGUAUGCCAAUCUUACUGCUUAACUUUGGGGAAAAGGUUUGUUUGCUAUAAGUAUUUCAGCAUGUCGGUCUUGGAAUGUUUUGGACAUACAGGAAUACAGAAGAGUUCUACCAUCAUUUGCAGACUACUGUUGCUUUAGUGUUUAAUGAUCAUCUCAUUCAUAUUUCUUUCAGAAUUCCAUUCAUAUUUUUCAUCUUUCUUUUCAAAUGUAGAUUUUGUUCAGUCAAGUAGUUAUAUUAAAAGUAGCAUGAUCUGCUCCUGAGUAAUCAGUUAAGCACUUGAAACGGUAUUACAUUUAUUUGAAUGGGCUCUUUCCUGGAGCAAAAGGUUAGUAUAAUUUGUAUCAUUUUGUUAUGGUUACUGCUUAUCUUUAUGGUUAAAGAUUCCAAACUAGUUGCUAUUUUAUUAAAAAAAAAAAUCAUUCUUACAUUUAAAAUUACUAUUAUAGAGAUUUGCAAAGAAAAUAAGGACAUGCUCCUUAUUUAGAGGAUUUGCCAGAGAACUAAUUACUGUUUUAAACGAUCUAAUGUUUUGGGUAUGGUCUCUACUACUAGCAGCAAAAUGGCUUCUAUUCUGAUAAAUUUUGGUAAUGUCCAUGGCAAAAAAUUUGCUAGUUCUCAAGUUCACAUAGAGCCUGAUACAGCUCUCACUAGAGUGUGAAGAGAUUCCCACUGACAUCAACUGUGGCUGGAGCAGGCAGCUGACACUUUUGAUUGUUCUACCCUGUGGAUACCAAUUAUGUUCAGUUUUUUUCAGUAAAAAAGUAAAGAACUCUACUGUAUUCCUGUAUUAUAUUCAAAAGCUGUGCAGUGGCAUCAGCAGCAGCCAACGGUGCUUAACGAAGAGUGUCUGUAUCAGAGAGCGUUAGCAUGGGCAGGAUGAUUUAAGCCACUGUUUUGUGGCUUUUGCGAUUUGAAUGCAGUUGCCAGUGGUUGUGUGUUUUUUACAUUAUGCUUAAAAGUAGUAAAUUCUUUUUGACCACAUCAAAAGGCUAAGGUGUAGGUGCUCUAAGCAUACUGUCUGAGGCCUGUGUUGUUGUAUGGCUAAAAUAGUUGCUUGCUUUUAGAGAAAGCAUCCAAAACUUCACCUAGGUCAGUUUUGUCAAAUUAAAUCUUCCAUGUUUUAAUUAUUUUCCAUAGCUUAAACUUUGUGUAUUUUGAAGAAACUGAUCAAAAUAUCAAAAAGUUAAAAUUAUUUCUGGCAAAUUUUAACAAUUGGAAAUUGUUUGCAGUAUACUUAUACACAGGUCACUUACAGUGGCAGAUUGCUACGUCUAGUACUCUUUUCUCUGUCCUCGAAUAUUAAAAUGAAAAGUUAGGAUAGCUUGCAAGGGUGGAGUUUAAAUGAAUUACAUAAUACCAUAGUAAUUACCCAGGUUUGUAUCAAUGAACUUAGGCUAAGACAUCAAUGCAAAUACGGGGUUUUAUGUAUUUCAGUAGCACUUAGUUUUUCAGUCCUAUCCAGAAUUAAGUGUGCAAAUACUUGUGCAAGGGAAAGGAGGAUGGAAGGAACAGAUUUUUCUUAAAGUUUUCAGAAAGUGUCUUAACCCAUUAGGUAGGAUAAAGUCCUUAUGUAAUGCCAUGGGAGCGUGCUCUAUUAAAAAAAAAAAAAAUCCAGAACUGCUCUUUGAAAAUUUAUUCAUAAAUUUUCUUGAGUAUAUAUUGAUAUCUAUUGGUAACAUGCAUAUGCCAUUAUUGCUAACAUACCAUCCUUCUGCAUUAAUGCCUCUUUAGUUAAGUACAUUCUGAAUACAGUAAUGUCCUUAUUUUAGUGUAUUUUUUUUCCAAACACUUAUGCCCCCAAAUUAUUUCCUUGUUAACUCUGAUAAACCUGCAUUUUCCUUUGGGACUGGAAGGAUGAAUACAAAUUAAGAAAAAACCUGUGUGUAACUAAACUUGAGCUGAAUGUUACUGUAACUUAUUUAAGGAGAAGUCCCCUCAGAGUAAUCAAUUACUGGCUUCCUUGAGGUUUUUAUUUCCUAAACACGAGCAAAUUUUCUCAUAAAAAUUCUAGUUUUGAAACCUUUAGAGGAUCUUUAUAUGCUAAUUGGUUACGUCUCUUAAUAAUUAAGAUUUGGGAAAUAACUUACUAACAAUAGGAGGGUUGAAUAAUUAACAUUGAAUCCUGGCUUGUUUGGGAGUGUGCGUGUGUUUGCGUGAACUGAAAAAAUGCUCAAGGUGGAUCUUCUUUGCAGGACAAAGUGUUCCUAUUUUGUGUCUUUUGCAUUAGGUUUUAUGAGCAGCAUUUGCUAAUUAAUUGCAUUCUCGUAAUAUCCCAAGCACUUUGGCAUUCUUGCACUGAUACUCUGAUUAGAGCUCAAACUAUUCUGGCACGUGACUGGCGAUAAAUCUCAAUAUAUGAAAGGGCAUUAACUGAAACCAGUGUGCAAUGGAUUACAUGCUCUCUGAGGUACUUCAAAGAUGAAACUAUACAAAGGGUCCCCGGUAACAGAUAUUGUAACUGUCAUUUCUUUCUCUAAGCAUAUUGUGGAUUUUGUAUCAUACUGUAUUUAUUUCAUUAAUUUUAAAAAAUGUUUUCUUUAAAGCUCUGUAUAUAUUGACAUUAAAGUUUGCAUUGUACUACGUUCUCUUCUUCUUGUAAGGCUGACUCUAGUAGUGCAUUGUACGGUAUGGUACGUUGUCCUUUGCACUGUGCUGCUAAAGAUACUAUUGCCUUGAAUUACGACAUGCCAAAGACAACCUCAAAAUUGUAUUUAUUUUUGUUAAACUUUGUGAAUAAUGAUAAAGGUACAGUUUUAAAUAGCUGGCAGUUCCUUGAGAACUAGAAUAAAAAGGUUGCAAAUUCAUAA